CCCAGCCCGGCCCGGCCCUGCUCUGCUCUGCUCUGCUCUGCUCUGCCCAGCCCAGCCCGGCCGCUUCUCCCCGGCCCUGACCUCCCGGCCCGGCCAUGGCGCUGCUGCGGGCGGCCGCGCUGCCCACCGAGGGCUGUCCGGCCUGGCUGCCCACACACGUCCAGGUGACGGUGGUGCGGGCCCGGGGGCUGCGCUGCAAGGGCGGCGGCAAAGGCAAAGCGGGCGGCAGCGACGCGUACACCGUGAUCCAGCUGGGCCGCGAGAAGUACAGCACCUCGGUGGCCGAGAAGAGCGGCGGCAGCCCCGAGUGGAGGGAGGAUUGUGCCUUCGAGCUGCCCCCCGAGCCCGGGGCCUGCGCCGGGCUGGUGCUCACCGUGAUGCACCGGGCUCUCGUGGGCAUGGACCGGUUCCUGGGCCAGGCCCUGGUGCCGCUGGAGCCCGGCCGGCAGCGCGGCCGCGAGCCCGACGAGCGGUGGCACAAGCUGCACUCCAAGGCUGGGAAGAAGGAGAAGGAGCGUGGUGAGAUCCUGGUGAGCAUCCAGUUCACACGGAACAACCUCACUGCCAGCAUGUUCGACCUGUCCAUGAAGGACAAGCCGCGCUCACCCUUUGGGAAGCUGAAGGACAAGGUGACAGGCAAGAAGAAGUACGACCUGGAGUCAGCCUCUGCCAUCAUCCCCAGCAGCAUGGGAGCCCUGGACAUGGAGGAUGACUUUGAGCUCGGGGGCAAAAAGUCCAAAGUCAAGGGCUUCUUCCUGAAGAACAAACUGCGCAAGUCGUCCCUGAGCCAGUCCAACACUUCCCUGGGCUCUGACAGCACCAUCUCCUCUGCCAGCCUGAGCCUGGCAGCCAGUGCCCCCGAGGGGACCAAAUCCCCCAGCAGACAGGGCAGUCUGUCCACCGAGCGCUCUGUGAAAGACCUGCUGGCCUCCCCGAAGCUGAGCCACAAGAGAGCCUUCAGUGACGACGUGUCCCAGGUCAGCCCGGGGCUGGAGCCCAGAGCCACGCAGAGCCCCAAGGCCAAGCAGGACCCCGUGUCCCGCUCCUCGCUGUGCAUCAACGGCAGCCACGUGUACGGGGAGGAUCCAGCCCCGAGGGUCCCCCCCGGCUCCGUCCCCCUGCCCGUGCCCGCCGCUCCCCGCAGGCAGGACGAGGCUUUCGGCUUCACCCCCCUGCACCCCGACCCCCAGGAGGUGCCCUGGGGGUUGAGCAGCUUGGAGAGGGCUCAGCAAAGGGAUGAGCCCAGGUUUAUCCCAUCCCCUCCCAGCCUGGCCCUGCAGGAAGAGCUCAAGGUGUCCACCAAAGCCGUGACCCUCAGCAACCACCUGGGCAGGGCCAGGAUGGAGGAGAGCAAUCGUCUGGAGGGCAAACCCAGCCAGGCUGCAGCUCCUCUGGGCUUCUCCACCGAGCCAGCCAAGGACAGAGCAGCUGAGGACAGCAGGAAGGAGGACAAGAAAGCCAAGGGAGGUUUCUUCCACCAUGGGGGCACCCGGAGCGACGCGGGGGGAAAAGGCCAAGGGGACAGAGGGACCCCCGUGCACACCUCGGCUGCAGGGGAUGAGAGGAGUAAGAGCAGCGGCUGGUUUGGGUCCAAGGAGCCCAAAGAGUCCCCUCAGAAACCCAGCCUGGAAGUGUCUCCUCAGGUAGAAACCAGCUCAGAUGCUCCUUCUCAUUCUGCUCCCUGCUCCCCUGCCCCGUGCCCUGCUGCCCUCCCCGCUGGCAUGCCGAGCUCUAACCUCCCUCCCGCUCCUGGAGACAGACAGGCCGGAUGCUUGUCCCCCGCCAACCCAUUCCUCAACUCCCUGCAGAGCAAUCCCUUCUUUGAGGAGCUCCUCGCUGACCAGGUACUAAAUUCUCCUUCACCUACUCACUUUCUCUCUAGUUUCCCGCCUGGGCCGUGUGCUGCACCAGAGGUCGCUGGGAGCUUUUAUUCCUCUGAGGAUUGCAGUCCCUCUGCCUCCCCAAGGCAGGCAGACCCCGAGAGGGAACCUCCAGCCCAAAGCGUUGGUGUCCCCGUGCCAGAAACCAGUCCCCCAGCACCGGGAGAGCUCCCUCCUGCCAGCACCGACACCGAGCCCGCCGUCCCCCCGCUGCCCUCCGAGUGGGACGAUACCUUCGAUGCCUUUGCCACCAGCAGGCUCAAACCUGAGCAGAAGACGGGGAAUUUCUUUGCCUCGGUGGCAGCGGAGGGCGUGGCUUUCAUCGACGACCCCGACAGAGCCAGCCCGACCGAGAGCUCGGCUGAGCCACCCUGCCAGAAGGGCUCCAAAGCGUUUGAAAAGGCAGAGUCACCCAUGGGCGCUGAAAUCCCCGCAGCUCUCCGCUCUUGGACAAAUUUCUCCAGUUUAGACGUGGGGGCCAACCUGGUGAGCACCACCCAGGAGGCCACAGUGAUCGAGGAUGUGCUGAGCCCCGUGUCCGCCGGGUCCGUGGCCAGGAGGAGGAAGAGCAGCACGCCCACGGUCUGGACAGCCGCCUUUGCCUCGGGCAAACCCGGGGACAAAGAGGCAUCGGCAGAACUGAGCACUGAGAAUAGCGCUAGGGAGGAAGGGGACAGUGGUGAGGAGGAGUCCUGCAGUGCAGGGACAAACGGCUGGAUGACCAUAGCCACAGAAACUGCUGCUGACCCCUCCGACAGCACCCAGGAGCGCACGGCUCCCGAGGGCGCCUUCGGCCCGCGCCCGCCCUUCCUGGCCGAGGGCACCUUUGAAGCCCAGAGCUCGUCCCGUGCCCCCACCCUUGUGUUACCCGGGAGCUCCUUCCCCCCCGAGGCCGUGCCCGGCAGCACGGUGGCGGCCGUGCCCCCGAGGGUGCUCGGGGACACGGUGACACGAAGGUUCCCCGAGCCGGGCACGGAGCCCGGGGGCGGCCAGGAGGGCACCUUCGACAUCCGCAGCUCGGUGUUCCGGCUGCAGGCCAGCAUGAGGCUCGAGGCCGGCGGUGGUGGCCUCCUGAAGCUCAGCUCUGACAUCCGUGAGAGGCACGUGGUGCUGUCCCCAUGGGCAGGGCCCCAGGGCCACCGGGAGCCGGUGCCCGGCCCGGCGGUGCCGCCCCCCAAACCCCCCAGGUGGUUUGCGGCCGCGGGUGCCGUGGGGGACAGCGAGGAGGGGGAGCCUGGGGGCACCCAGCAAGGCAAACAGGAGCCGUGGGAGGACUCGGAGAGCCCAGGAGCAGAGAUGGAAUUGCCAAGGAGCCGUGGGAGCGGCGAGCCAUCCGUGGCGGCAGCUCCCAGCCUGCCCACAGCAGGAGCGGACGCUGCUGAAGCCAAGAGCCGGUUCCAGGGUGCCAGAGCUGCCACUGUGGACUCGGCAGCUGGCUUGGAGACAGGGACCAGCCAGCUGGGGACAGGGGACACCUCUGGGGGGGAACACCCAUCCACACAGAUGAACGAGACAGAUGCGGCCGAGCAGUUUGAGACUUGCACAUCCACGUUCUCUCUGGAUGGACUGGAGCAGUCGGGGGCUGAGGAGAGCUGGAGCCAGCCCCGUUUGUCCCCUCAGAUACAGGAGGCCACAGCCAGUGCCAAGUGGGAAACGACCUCCAAGCAGGAGCUGUUCCCCGAGGAGCUGAGUAUUUCAGGACUAAAGCCACCUUCCAAGCUAGACCUGGGUGGGUCAGCCAGCUGGACGGCUCUGGAAGAGCAGGAGGCAGCUGGGCAUGCACACCCACAGCCCCAAAGGUCAGAACGCGGGGACAGUCCAUCCCAGCUGGAGCUGGCGUGUGAGGAUGGUGAGGGGCGAGCAGGAGAGCAGCCAGAUGUGCCCCGUGCCCCUCCCGAGGAGGCAGAGGAGCCCGAGGGGCACCGGGCAGAGAGCAGCAUAGACUUCAAGAAAGCCGAUUUCUGGAAGCCAGAUAGAGCAGAGGAGAGGCACACAGCCCUGAGAAAUCCCUUUACCCUGGCGCUGAGCCCCAUUUCCCCGAGCAAUCCCUUCAUGGAGAAGCCCCCAGCCCCUCUCCCUAUCCAAGCCGUGCUACCCGAAAAGCUUGAGCAGGGCGACUUCAGCUUCCACCACAGCCUGCAGGAGGAAGCCCCCGGGCACGGCUUGCAGCCCACUAACGCUUCCCCCCUGCAUGUCAGCCAGCCCUUGGCAUUCUCCACCCCUUUCCUCGUGGCUGCCACUAACCCUGAGCCGUGUGGUCCCCCCCGGGCCCCCGCGGGGGUCCCUGCCAGCUGCGCCGCCGCCCGGCCCUGCCCGUGCCCGCAGCCCCGGGACGCACAAGCUUCAGCGCUCCUGGUUCUGCCCAGGGAGACACGGCUGGCUGAGGAGCCCCCUGGCCAGCAGACAACCAGCCCCCACCCCGUGAAGCCCCUGAGUGCUGGGCAGGAGGGUUCCAGUGAGAGGAAGCAGCAGCAGCAGCCCAGGGCCAGCCUGAGCUCGGCCCUCAGCAAUGGCCUGGAGAGGCUGAAGACAGUGACCACGAGCAGCGUCCAGCCCGUGGCCCCGGCCUCCCACCCGGACAAAAGCGAUGCCAAGGAGCCUGCCCAGCCUGACCAGUCGGCCAAGUAUUACCACCUGACCCACGACGAGCUGAUCCAGCUGCUGCUGCAGAAGGAGGGCGAGCUGAGCAAGAAGGAGGAGCACAUCCACGAGCUGGAGAACUACAUCGACCAGCUGCUGGUGCGCAUCAUGGAGCAGUCCCCCACCCUGCUGCAGAUCCCUCUGGGUGGGGGCCAGGCCCCCUGACCCUGCCCAGGGCAGCAGCACCAGCACAGCUGUGCCCAGUAACCACGCUGCCAGCACCCCUGCACCCCCUGCUCUCACCCGAGGCUCCAGUGGCUUCUGUUGCCAGAGCCAGCAGGAAGAGUUAUCUGCUCCUUCCCAGCACAAGCUUAGCCCAGCUCAGCUCCAGGGAGCUCUAGGGUGAUGGGCUGCCAGCACCCUAUGGGGAGGAGCAGAGCCCUCCCCACGAGGCAGGUGCCACCCUGGGCUCCCGUGCUGUGACCAAGUGCCACCCCCGGGCAUUCCUCCUGCCAGAGCUUUAAGUGACCCAUGGACAUCUGAGAGAGCUGGAAACCAUCUCCCCGUGACUGACUUCAUGCUACUGCUGCUCUGACCACACUCCUCCUCCUCUCUCCUGGCUGCUGGAUGGUGUUGGACUGGUGGGUGACUUUGGGGGCACUCAGACCCAGUGAGGUUCCCCCAGACCAGAGCCUGUGGGACUCCUCUUCCUCUCCUGCCCCAGUUACCUCCAGUGAAGGGUGAAGAGCCAGCUCCAGCUGGUGCCACUCCCUGACCACAGGGGGAUGCUGCACAAGGGACAGCACCAGAGUCUGAUGGCCUGGGGGGUGUCACAGCCUGGCUGGGCCACCCUGGCCCUGUCACAGCACCAGUGCCAUGGGGACACUGCCAUAGCUGGGCUGGGAAUAUGGGAAAGGGAACACAGGAUCGUGGCCCAGGAGAUCCUCUGCAUCCCCCUCACCCAGCACGGGGCUGAGGCGUGUGGAAUCCACAUGGAAUUUCCACUCAGUAUCCCCAGGAAUGGCUGCUCAUGGCUGCUCCGCCCUGCCUCUGCCUCGACUGUCCCAGCACAGCAUGAAAACAGCUCCAGAGCCAGCCCUGGGGGGGUCUGACCCCUCUGCAGGGCCCCUGUGGACUCAGGCACCCCAAACACUCCUGGCCCAGCCCACAGUUCCCAAAUCCUCGCAGGGCUCUCCCAGGCAGGGCAGUGCCCAGCCUGCUGUCCCUGGUCACAUCCACACUCUGGGAUCAGCUCUCCAGGGCUGGGGCCCAGCCUCAGUGGCUGUGGGGCAGCUCUGGCCACUGCUGACCCCAGAGUGAGCACCCAAAGGGCUCUGAUUUACCUGGAACCAUUGAUUCAGAGGUACUGGGGAAGAGAGUAGGAAGGAUGUUGUUCCCUCCCUCAUCCUACCAGGAUUUUGGCCGGAGAAAGUGCCCGUGCGGGCAGAGGGGCAGUUGGAGUGGGAUUUCAACAUGAAAGGCAUCUUCUCCCUCUUCUCUAUCUCCCAAAGUUACUGGGUUCUUUUGAAGCCUCCCUGCUCUUCUCUUUACUUGCUCCAGUACAGACCAUGACUUUGAAGAAUGGUGCCUUUUGCCGCAGGCCAGUAGCAGUUUCCUACCCCAAAAAGGCUCUGAAAUCCAACUCCCAGUCCCACCCAACCUGCCUGGGGCAGGUUCCUCCUCUGUUUUCCUUCUCAUCCAAGAAAAGGGAGUUAAUUGUUACCCACAGGCAGCAGAACCUCCCCCGACCUGUGCAGGUGCCCUGGCUCCUCCCAGGAGUUCUGCACGGCAGCUCAGGAGGAGUGGAGGCAGAGAUCAGGAGCUGACACAGCAGGGAAGGGCAGGCUGAGUACUCCAAGGUAAAAUACAGCUGGAGACAGACAGUGUUGGAUGAGGGGAAAAGGAGCUCUGGUCCUGUCCAACCCCUGCAUGAGGAGGAUUUGUUCCCUGGGAGAACACCAGCCAUGAACCUCCUGGGAAAUACCUGAAGGCUUGCACUGCUCCAGCUGCUCCUGCUGUGCUGCUGCUCCUCCUCCCUCUGUGUUUCUGGGAUGGGCAGGGAGCAGCCAAGGGAAGGUGUUUCUGCCAUUCCAUGAAGUGCCAGGGACCUCUCUGCCUGUAGGAUCAGAUGCCGUGGCGUGGCAGCUCUGUGGGUGCCCACCCCUGUCCCUGUGAGCAGUCAGGGAGGAGCUGUGGGCGCUGGGAAUGCAGCAGGGCAGGGAAUGAGUGCUGGGAAAGAAGGGAGAGGAAUUCCUCAGGAGGGCAUUACCAGGGGAGGUGCAGAGCCAACAUCUCCCGUGGGAGCCAGGGCCUCUCUCUGGCCCCCACUCCACACAAACAUCCUGUUCUUGGCCCUGUGCCCUGCAGGGGUGGCUGUUGGUGCUCCCCACACAAGUGCCAAUGUUUAUAUGGAUCCCACGGCACCUCCUUCCCACCUCUCCCUCCUCUCCCGUCGUGUCUCACCGCCUCCCUCAGCCCCCUCUGCCUUAGUCAGCUCUGCCUUGUUUUGCUCCAAAAGCCUGAAUGUUUUGCACUUGAAUAUCAAAAGUUACUCAGAGCUCAGCAGGUUGUACCAGGUGUGCAGCCCUGCCAGCAGUAGGUGCUUCCACAUCUCCAGUUUCCAGCAAUAGGUGCUUCCACAGCUCCUGUUUUUAGCAAUACCUGUUCUAUUCCCUCAUCUCCUGUUUCCAGCAAUACCUGUCUCCUUUUUCCUGCCUUUCCAGCAAUAGGUGCUUCCACAUUUCUUGCCUUUCCAGCAAUACCUCUUCUGUCCCUUCAUCUCCUGCCUUUCCAGCGAUACUUGUCCUGUCCUUCCCUGCCUUUCCAGCAAUAGGUGCCUCGACAUCUCCUUCCUUUCCAGAAAUUCCUGUUCUAUCCCCUCACCUCCAGCCUUUCCAGCAGUAGCUGUUCCCAUAUCUCCCAUUUCCAGCAAUACCUGCUCCUUCCAUCUCCAGCCUUUCCAAGAAUACCUGUUCCCUCCAGCCUUUCCAGCAAUUCCUGGUCCCUCUUCUCCUGCCUUUCCAGCAAUACCUGUACCCUUAUCUUCCUUUCCAGGAAUAUUUGUUCCCUCAUCUCCUGCCUUUCCAAUUCCUGUUCUAUUCCCUCUUUUCCUGCUUUUCCAGCACUACCUAUUCCCUCAUCCCCAGCCUUUCCAGAAAUACCUGUUCUAUUCCAUCUCCAGCCUUUCCAGCAAUUCCUGUUCCCCCAUCUCCUGCCUUUCCAGCAGUUCCUGCUCCUUCCAUCUCCCGUUUGCAGCAUUCCCUGCCCCUCCCGUCUCCAGGAGCCGAGGUGUGCACAGGUCCCUUGGUGCUGGAGCUGGGUGUGGCUGCAGAAGUCGAGCGGUGAUGGAUGUUCCGUGUCUGUCCCCGAGUGUUCAGCAGCCCAGAGUUCCCUCCUUGUGUUUGGGAAAGGUGUCUUACAGAUGUUCUGUCUCUGUUCUCUGUUUCCCCACCCCGCUGUGCUGAAUAUGUGGGGUUUCUCCUCUCACCACACAGUUUUUGUUCUGUGCACGAGAGCAGCACAGCAGCCCUGCAGUGGAGUCUGUAGUGUUGGUGUUAAACCUCCACGUUCCCCAGGGAAGCAACUUGAGGACCCGAAUUCCUCAGAGAGGGAGGGGAUGAGGAGGAGAAUGGGGGAAAUGUUCUCAAGUUGCCCAUCUGGGAUUUAUCUCCGUGUUUAGUGACUGAAUCUCCUAUGUAGUGAUUUAUUUGGGAUCCCAGGGGCAGGAGCAGCGCUCCUGCUCCGUGUCCUGGCUGUGCUCUGAGCUCUGUCCCUCUCUGCUGAGCCCAGCACACCCCAAAGAUUUUUCUGGGCCAGCAGCAGCUUCUCCCUGUUGUGUUUUCGACACAGCCAUAACAAUUCUCUGUGUUUUUGCCUUUCUCCUGGAGUUUGUUUUUCCACGCUCGAGCUGUUCCACGAGGCUGCAGCAGGGUUGCUGUGCUCUGCCUUUGCUGUCAGCCCACACUUGGGUUUUUGCUUCUCAAGAACUUUGGCCAAUGAUUUCUUUUCCCCUUGCCUGGUCCUCCUGGCCACGCGUGGGUCAGAAGAACCACCAGGGUUUAUCCUCAAACUGGAACAAACCUGAAGGGAUUCUCCAGUGUGACGUAGACUUAGCCUUGUCUGGGAAGGAACCACCGUGUUUGGGGUUAAAAACCUGGAAAAACAUCCCCAGGUGGGAGAAGUGUCAGGAUUUUUUGGAGUGGUUGGUUUCCCUGUUCUUCACGUCCACAGGAAGUGGGUUCUGUGUGUCUCAUGUUUUAAGAGUUGCAACUAAUGUUUAUAAAGAGCUUGUUAUUUACGUUUUAAGCACUUUAAAAAAAAAAUAAAAGUUGUUCAAGCUGUUCCUAGA